CAGCACUGACAUAAAGUCUUCUUGCAGUGCAGUAAGACCAGCAAGACAGCUAAAAUCCCUAUUGAAGAAGUCUUUCCAGAUUAAAAGAGGUAGUCGAAGACUAAAAGACCAGAUCUCACUCAGUGAAGGAACAAUGACAAGAGAGCCAGAGAAGAGAAAGAAAAAGUGUGUCACCUUCAACAAAGAAGUACAUUACAAUACCAAUAAGAAGCCUUUUUGCAGGGGCAUACGACCACCUGAAGAGCUGAAACCAAUACUUAAGUCUCUUCAGAUCAGUGGAGAUAAUGGAAGAAAUCAAGACCAAAUCUCACUCAGGCUCUCUGAAAGACCUCAUGUUACAACAGAGGACAUGGCCACCACCUCUGCUAUUAAGGAGGAUAUUGACAACUCUUCCUCCAGGUACACGAUCAUACAGAAACAAAUUUUGUAUUACAAGAAGAUCACUGCAAUGAAGAAACUGGACCAAGCAGGUCUUAGCAAAUCAGUGCUAGACCUAAGUACUCUGGGAGAGGCACUUCCUGAAUUCUCUAGAAAGAAAUCAUUCUUCAUGGUUGAAACAAAGAAGGGAGAAGGUUUCCUUCCUCCACCUAAUGUGCAUGACAUCGUGCCCCAGCCUCCUGCCCAUGCCGAUGCGACAUCAACUUCUCAUGUUAGUGAAAAAGGUGACAAUCGUCAGUCACCUGAGGAAACUACUGUUAAGAACACCAGCGUUAGUGAAAGAGGUGACAGUCGUCAGUCACCUGAGGAAACAGCUGUUAACAUCACCAGCGUUAGUGAAAGAGGUGACAGUCGUCAGUCACCUGAGGAAACAGCUGUUAACAACACCAGCGUUAGUGAAAGAGGUGACAAUCGUCAGUCACCUGAAGAAACUACUGUUAACAACAUCAGCGUGGAUCACACACGUUCUCUAGGUGACGCGUUGCACCCUCAGAAUGCUAAUAUGCGGGUUCUUGCUUCAAGUCCCGCUCACCGCACCAGCUAUGCAGCGAAUACCCCCACCAAGGUUUUUUCAAUUUGGGCAGCAACCGCAUCAUUGCUUCUCCUAACAUCGUCAUUAUGGUUGCUGAAGUUGGUGGCUUUGAUGAUGCCGUGGGUAUGGAACCUAAUUUAGAAAUCCUGCACAGUUAAAGUUACAAGGAGCUUAACAAGUUUCUGCUGAAGAACCUAUGAGGAUCUCCUGUCAUCAAGUAACAAACUGUCAGAAACAUUUUUUGAGGUUUUCUUUCAUUUUAUUGUUUGAAGAAUAUUUUCAGUUUACUCUUUGACAUUUUAAUGUAUGUAAUUUAGUUUCUGCUGAAGAACCUAUGAGGAUCUCCUGUCAUCAAGUAACAAACUGUCAGAAACAUUUUUUGAGGUUUUCUUUCAUUUUAUUGUUUGAAGAAUAUUUUCAGUUUACUCUUUGACAUUUUAAUGUAUGUAAUUUAGUUUCUGCUGAAGAACCUAUGAGGAUCUCCUGUCAUCAAGUAACAAACUGUCAGAAACAUUUUUUGAGGUUUUCUUUCAUUUUAUUGUUUGAAGAAUAUUUUCAGUUUACUCUUUGACAUUUUAAUGUAUGUAAUUCAGAUCAUCCAUGUUGCUCAUAUCUUCCCAAUCUCUGUCCUCUGCCUCCAUCCCAUCCCCUAACUUGUCCUCAUCCCAUUUUUGUGUCAUUUAUCUUAAGGAGUGUGACUUCCAGUAGGAUCCCCACAGCCAAGUGCAUGUGGACAUUAUCAGUUGGACUGAGUGAGGUAUUAAAAUAGGGAGGGAGACAUAACAUCCAUCUUUCACUACUUUUGCAGAUAAAUUACAUAUAGUGUUUUGUUCCUUGAAUUACUGGCCAGGCAUUAAAUCAUUAUAUCUUAUCUUAUUCUACAGACCUUAUUAUGCUUUCAGAACAUGUAAAGCUUGCUAAACUUUCAUUCACCAAUUAAACAUGUAUUGUACAUGCAUCCCCAGAGAGAUGGCACAACUCAAGGGGAUACUCAAUUCAAUAGGAAUUUGACUUUUCUAGUGGAACAGACUGAUAAAUUCAGAAAGAUAAAAAAAAUACUUUGCUACUUGGACUUUCUCCCUUAGUCCUUGAUCAGAGGUCUCCUAGUUGUGCAGAAUUCUAAGGAGAUUAAGGAGCUGUAAUGGAGAGCUGAAAGCAGCAAAGGGUCAAAAGUAUUUCCAAGAGGUCAAUAAAUUUAUUAUUCUGCCAUCUGAUAAAAUAUUGAAAUAAAUUUCUGCCUAGAAUGAAUUUCAUGAGAUUUGUAGAAAAUGAAUAGAGUUGUUCAUUUGUAACAAAAGAUGACAAAUAUUAGAUGCCGAGUUUGCCACAUCUUUAUGAAUACAAAUAUAGAUAUGUAUGGGUUCCUUGGCACCCUAUUGUUCAACACUCUGGAAUGAAAAAUUCCACUGAGAAUUGUUGAGGCUAAGAGGCCCAGCUAGGGCUAGAAUAUAAAAAUCAACAUGGCAAAUGUAUGUGGGGGUUUAUUUAUGUAUAUAUGUACAAUUAAAAUACAUGGUCCUUUAAAUGAGCUCAAUUUUAUUCAGAAUGCAUGAUUUUAAAACUGUGUUUUUGAAGAAGCAUGUGGAAUAUACUGCAGGGGAGGAAAGAAUACUAUCAAAAUAUAUCAUAAAAAUAAAUUAUAAUGUAUUUCUGGUAGCAUAUAGUAAUCUAGUUCCCUCUUAGUUCACCGCCUUUUGUAGUAUUCUAAAAAACCUAUUAACCUGUUGUACAUUAUUUUGAAAGAUUAAAGAUAUUAGAACCUUUAAAAAUGAUGUUAUUAUGAUGUUAUUACAUUGACUUUCAAGUGAUAAUCUGUCAGAAAUAUUUUAUAAAAUUUAGAAAUUUUCCUCAUUUGGACCUUGGGAGCUCAGUCCAGUGCUCCAAUGUGGGUCUCUGUCUCUAUCUUCAUCCAUCACCACAUUCAUCAGUGUGGCUAUAGGAUAGGGCCAGUUCAGGCGGCCUCUCCUCAGCUGCUCAAGGAACAAGCUGGGGACAUCUCCUUGGAUACUUGGGAACCUCUCUAGAGUCCAGUCUCUUGCCAACUCUAAAAUGGCUCCCUUAAUUAAGAUAUAUAAUUCCCUGCUCCCAUAUCCUCUCUUCCUCCAUCCCAACCAUCCCAUUCCCCCAA